GAGAGCGAGGAGCGUUUGUCAGAGGAGCAGAUCGAGGAGCUCCUCCAGACGGUCACAGGCAUCCUGCCGGGUGACCCGGAGCAGGAGAACGCAGCCGCGGCUGACGCAGAGAUGGCCGAGGGCGAAGGACAGUCGUGACGCAGCGACACCUGAACUGUGUUUUUGGAGAACUGGUGAUCCAGCUAAAAAUAUUGYAGAAAAGCUUUUACCUGAUGCUUUUCAUGUGCAUACCUAAAAGAACAAGAUGCUGACAGACUCAGGAGCUGCCUGACCAACAUUUAGACGACCUCCUGACUCAUGUUAACAAAGGGAAGUUUACAGUUUAACACCCAGCUUCAUUAUGAGCUGUAAUGCUUUUUCUGAAUGUUUGUUUCAAAGAAAACCUAAAACGCAUCAUCAGCCUACAGAAAACGCCUAAUAACAUCUUCACUGAUCUACACAAUGUUAUUUAUUUCGUUUGCUCAAGUUGUAUUCAUUUUUAAAUUGACUCAGGAACACAUUCUUACUGCGCAGGUUUCUGUAAAAAUGCUGUUUUUCUACCCGCUGAUUUGGAAAAAUAUGUGCUUGUCUUGUCACCGCAGAGGAAGGAUGUUGGUUUCUGUUUUGGGCUUCCUGCUCGUUUAUCGCAUCAGUUUCGUGCGCUCACUGAACGGGUGGUGUACAAAAAGGCAAAGGGAAGGUUGUGCAGAGUUUGGACCGCUUCUUAACAGAUGGAAGUGGAUGCAGAAAAGURGCCAGGAAGCCCUAUAAAUGAGAGAAAUGUGUUUGGGGACAGAUCGUCACUAUGGAAGACAAUAAAAUGAAGUGUACUGUACAAUC